CGACAAAAAACGUGGAAAAUGGAAGUUUUGUUGUUUUUCUUGCUCAUGUACAAGAUAGGAAUUACAGUAUCUCUUGAUCAGCUGAAAUGUACUACACAUUGUGAAGAAGGAGAAUACUGUAAUGGUGCCACUUGUCUGCCUUGUAACUAUGGCUUUUUCAGAGAGGAAAAAUUACAUCGUUAUCUUUCAUGUAAACCUUGGACACAGAAAUCUACGUCAGAUCACUGGGAAUUAAUUUCAAAUGGGACAGCAACAAAAGACCAUGUGUGGCAAUGUGAAGCAGGAUAUGAACAUCCGUACCCUGGUGGUGAAAAGGACUGUUGGCCAGCUCAUCCCACAGUUCAAACUACAACAGAAAAAACAACAACCACAUCAGCUGCUAGCAGCUCAACAACCGCUAGAAUAGACCAUAGUAAAAACAAUAGCAGUGAUAUAUUAGGACAUGAAAUAGCUAUAAUAGUUUUAUGUUUAAUAGCGAUUUUUUUAAACGGAUCCAUCUUAUUUAUUAUUUUCAGACGUAAAAUAUUUAAAUGCCGGUCAACUUUUUUAAACACAGAACCUGUCAAUAAUAAUAACACAGCAGAAACAGUUGGCCUUACUGAGAUUCCAGUGGAUCCACCUACACUUCACUAUAGAGAUGUUUUCAAAUAUUUCAAUAGAAUGGGUAUUUGUGAAGGUCAAAUAUUUCUCCGCAUAUUACCUGACCCCAGUGGUAGUUUUAUUGCUCCCAAUGAAUAUUCUUUUAAGAUAAACGACACCCUUGGAGACGCAAUAAAUGCUUUAAUUUCAACCUGCCAAAAAUGGGCAUUAAAAAAUCCUGGGCUUGAUUACCAAAGUAUUUUUAAAAAAACAUUGAAGUACAUGAAGCGGAAUGAUCUUUUGGAAAAUGAAACAGACACUCUACUGGAACAUGAUCUUCUGCAAGAGAAGAGCUCUCCCAGACAGAUCUUUAACAUACUUUCCUAUUUCCUCACAAAUAAUCUCACACGCCAGGAUUUUGACUUACUGUUUUUACGGUUAUCCCCAACAAAUAACUUGUGGUUACAGUUUAAGAGACAAAAUUUUGUGUCAAAUUGCAAAGACAUUUCACUGAGUGACAUAGACACAUUAGUGGAGUGGUGGAAUUUGGAAGGUACCCAAGAUACUGAAAAAUUUAUUGAAACUUUCACUGACCUAUUAGGUGAAUUAGAAAGAAACGAUAUAAUUGAAAAUCCACAUUUUCAAAGCAUAAUUGACGUAUACAGGGAGACUACUAAUGUCAACGCAGGAACCACCCAAGCCAAUGGUGCUAGCUGUGCUACCCCUGUCUAGAACCUACCCUGACAUAGUAAAGGGGCCUACUGGCAGAUGGGUCAGGUUUGCGGCCUACAUGCAUGUUUGUAAGGUUUCAACCCCACUGCCAUCUAAUGCUAGAACCUUGUCGUGGCUUGGCAGCUUGUGUACCCUGACGACCCCCAGAGUUAUACCAGCGGGAGUUUAAACUCCUGGCAGGUUCAACCAAGCUGGGGAGAUCUGCAUGGGUCUGACAAAAGCUAGCACCCUGGUCCUCCAUUUGGGGGUUGAAUAUAAUGCAAGCACUACAUUCUGUUACUGUUCUCACAAAAUACUUCGAUCACUGGUAAUCUGUGAUCUUAAGUUGCCAGGAUUUCUUUUCUAUGAGCAAGUUAGCAGGUUAAGCGUAUACAUGUGUUGUCUCUAGACUAAGUGUAUGGUUGACUAAUGAUUGAUUGUGGUUGAAAUCACUCAAAAGACAAUUUUAUUGUUCAGAUAUGCUAUUAUUAGCAAAUGUGUCUACAAGCAAGGGUGAUGUUUCAGAUAGUUUUUGUAAUCCAGACUUUUUUUUUCUGGGAUUAGAAAAGAAACUAAAUUCUUCAUUGUCUUUUUUACUUAAUCUAAUAUUUUUUCAUCUGUCAUCUUGUGCCUUAGUUUUUACCAAACUCUUAUACUGAAGAUAGCCACUAAAAAUGAUUUAAAUUCUUGUUUGUCUAUAUUUUCUUGUUCCUUGUGUGGAGUUAGUAGUGUAGUGUCUCCCAUCCAGAGCCUCUCAAGAUGGCAGAUAAGAAAACGCCAUAAACGAAUUGUCUAUAGUUCUACCCUUCCAAAUUAAAAAUUUAAAUGAUGUAAUUUUUCAGUUAGUGUUAAGGGAUGGUGUGGUCAUUUGGUGGUGUUUUGGUUGUAGGCUGAAGUCUGUAGGACAUCAGUGAGUCCACCUCGCUCUGGUGGGCACCUGACACACAUUAGGGAAAGUAAAAGCAGCUAGGGAUAGUGCUGACCACACAAUCCCUUCCAAUGCUUAAGACACAAACAUGUGAGUUCUUCUACAUUAGCCGAAAGACCACCAGAUUCAGCAGUGUCAUUUUACUUCAAAUCUAAAUACGUUUUAUUUGAAUAAAUAUUCGACUAACAGAAAUAUACAUAAAUUAUUGAUGUUUUUAAGUAAAAGUUAUACCUAUUAAUAGUGUUAUCAGAUAGUGGUGUAAAUUAAAUAUGUUUGCAGUAGACAAAAAUGUGAUUUAUCUUUGUGCAAUGAUUGUAUUGGCUGAUUAUGUUUUACACUACAAAAUUAAUGUCCUUUAUUACAUUUUUUUAGCAAUAUAUUGUGAACAUAUACAUAUUUAGCAAUUAUAAAAUAAUAAUUUACUGGUAAUUUCAUAAUCUUGUUUAUUUACACAUAAACAUACACAUAGGUAUAAAUGAAUAAAUACAUAAUAUAUAAAUAGAAAAAUAUUUAGAUAGUUGGGUAGUGUUAUGAAUGUUAUCUUAGGUAUUGCAAAGGUAUGAGAGUAUGUAUGUUGGGGGAAUGAUUUAGAUUAAUAAAAUGUUGUGACAGUGCGACAAAGGAUGUGAUGUUUGAGUGAGAGUAUGAUCUUAGUGCUAGGGGAAAUAGAUGAGAUAAUCUUCGUCAUGUCGUGCCAGGUUGUAGAAAUAUUUGUCCGUCGUCAUGCAUGUAGGUUUUGUAAAGUUGUUAAAGUGGCCUUCCAUAUCUAUUAUGUAUUUAGCCAGUGCAAUAAACGAUU